UGCAUCUCCGUUUAAAGAGGAAACAGAAGCAUCAGACAGACCAGCAGCAGAGAAAAGCCUCAUAACGUUCGCCCGCUGACAGAACAGCACAGAAUGGUCCUGCUUACAUUUCUUCUAAUUCUUGUGCUUCAGUGUGAAGUGGGGCUCAGUGAAACCAAACACGUUUUGUAUCUAACACCUGGAAAUGAUGUCGUUAUGCCCUGUGAUAAUGUGGCUGAUACAUGCUCCAGGAUUAUCUGGGCUUACAACAUAUAUGAGUCUGAGACGAUAAUUAUGGUUCAUAAUGGAAUUGUUGAGAAGAACUCAGCUCAAGCUGCCAGACUGAGUCUGCACAGUAACUGCUCGCUGAGUAUUAAAAACAUCACUGCAGAGGAUGCCGGUCAUUACCUCUGUCGGCCUGAGGGGAACACUGAUCAGGACACAACUGUGCACCUAAAUAUUUUGACCAUUUCAGCAUUUCCAUCAGACGCUGAUCCAAAGAAGGAUGGAAACGUCACGUUAGAGUGCUCUCUGUUUAGAUACUAUACUACCUCUCCUUGUAACAGUAUGCGUUGGGUGGAUGAGACAGGAAGUGUGCUUUUGGACAGAGGUGUCAGGAACAAUGGACGUACGUGUGUUUCUCUUCUGACUGUGAAGCUUCAGAGUGGCAACAAGAAAAGAUACACCUGCCAGUUUGAAGAUAACAAUACUGUGAAGAUAGAAGCUCACUACACACCUGUCCUCACAGAUACCCCAGAUCGGUCUUUUCUGAACUACAUCACGUGGGCUCUUCGCUUUGCAGGACUCACAAUAAUGAUUGUAAUCACGGUUCUUGUGAUCAGACACAAAGGAAGGAAAAAGCCACCUGAAGACGUCAACGUACAUUAUGUGGGUGACCGUGAUGAGGACACAGUGAACUAUGAAAAUGUGAGAAACAGGACAGCUGAUCCUGAACUGGACUGAACGUCAGAGCACCACCUUCUGUUAACCAGAACAAAAAUGAAUCUUUGUUUGUAAUUACAUUUUUCUAUUGUAAAAACUAAUAUCUUACACUUUCCCCGUAAGUUUCUUUUUUUAAUACUUCAUAAUCUCAUGACCUCCUUUUGAAUGUUGACCAAACUACAUAUAAAAACAUUGCUUGCAUAACAAAAUGUUGCUUAUGUCAUGGUCCUGGGUCAGUGACCCAGCGUUUUGUGUUUCAUUUUGGUGUCAUCCUGUGUUUUGUGUUGAUUCUUAUUUUGUAUUGUUUUAGUGUUCUCCCUCCUGUGCUUGGUUUGUGUUUGUAUACAGUCCUCUAUGUACUAUUAAAAGGAAGAUCAAAUUUU